AAACCGACCCUCCUUUCGAGAGCGCUCGAGCCCUGGCAGUGCGGAGUCCCUGCCGGUGUUACUUUUUUACUUUUACAUCGCUGGUUGUUCUGCUUCGCGAUGGCUGCCGUGAAAGCUCUGAACCCGAAAGCAGAGGUGGCCAGGGCCCAGGCUGCCCUGGCGGUUAAUAUCAGUGCCGCCCGGGGACUCCAGGAUGUGUUGAGAAGUAACCUGGGACCGAAGGGGACCAUGAAAAUGCUGGUGUCUGGUGCAGGAGACAUCAAGCUGACCAAAGAUGGCAACGUCUUGUUACAUGAGAUGCAAAUUCAGCACCCAACAGCCUCACUCAUUGCUAAAGUUGCUACGGCACAAGAUGACAUCACUGGAGAUGGGACCACCUCUAAUGUCCUCAUCAUUGGUGAACUGCUGAAGCAGGCUGACCUCUAUGUGUCAGAGGGUCUUCAUCCAAGAAUCAUCGCUGAAGGUUUUGAAGCAGCAAAAGAUAAAGCCUUGGCUGCUCUGGAGGAUGUGAAGGUGACCCGUGAAAUGGACAGAGAAACCCUCAUCAAUGUAGCACGCACCUCACUGAGGACCAAGGUCCAUGCAGAGCUUGCAGACCUGCUCACAGAGGCUGUGGUUGAUGCUGUGCUUGCCAUCACUAAACCCAAUGAACCCAUUGACCUGUACAUGGUAGAAAUCAUGGAGAUGAAACACAAGACUGACUGCGAUACACAACUGAUCAGAGGUUUGGUAUUGGACCACGGUGCUCGUCACCCAGACAUGAAGAAGAGGGUGGAGGAUGCCUUUGUGCUGACGUGCAACGUGUCUUUGGAGUACGAAAAGACCGAAGUAAACUCUGGCUUCUUCUACAAGAGUGCCGAGGAGAGGGAAAAGCUUGUGGCUGCAGAAAGGAAGUUCAUCGAGGAACGUGUUCAGAAGAUCAUCGCCCUGAAGAACAAAGUCUGUCCCAAUGGAGAGAAGGGUUUUGUCGUCAUUAACCAGAAGGGUAUUGACCCAUUCUCCUUGGAUGCCCUUGCCAAAGAAGGCAUUGUGGCCUUGCGCAGGGCAAAGAGGAGGAACAUGGAGAGGCUCACCCUUGCUUGUGGUGGCAUUGCCAUGAAUUCAGUUGAUGACCUUACACCGGAGUGCUUGGGAAACGCUGGGUUGGUUUAUGAACACACACUGGGAGAGGAGAAGUACACAUUUAUUGAGAAGUGUGGAAAUCCCCGCUCCGUUACCCUGCUGGUGAAAGGACCCAACAAACACACCCUCACACAGAUCAAAGACGCUGUAAGAGAUGGUUUGAGGGCAGUCAAGAACGCUAUUGAAGAUGGUUGUGUUGUGCCAGGUGCAGGUGCAUUUGAAGUGGCUGUGGCAGACACUCUGGUAAAACAUAAGCCAAAUGUGAAAGGCAGAGCCCAGCUGGGAGUCCAGGCAUUUGCAGAUGCUCUUCUAGUCAUCCCUAAGGUUUUGGCCCAGAAUUCAGGCUAUGACCCACAGGAGACCCUGUUGAAGCUGCAGACAGAGUACAAAGAGUCUGGUCAGCUAGUUGGAGUGGAUCUUAGCACAGGAGAACCAAUGGUGGCAGGAGAAGCAGGUGUAUGGGAUAAUUACAGUGUUAAGAAGCAGCUGCUUCAUUCAUGCACGGUGAUUGCCAGCAACAUCUUGUUGGUGGAUGAGAUCAUGCGAGCUGGAAUGUCAUCUCUAAAAGGAUAAAUGUUAACUGAAGGAGCUGCAGCUGUUAUCAUAAUCACAGGGAUAAUGACAGUUGAGUAAACUUGUUGCCCCUCUUUGAACUUUGAAGCACCCCAGUCUGAUGGACAGCCUGCUGUAGACAUCACAGCGUCUGUCAGAAACCAUUGUUUUGCUAGUCAUGGUUUUUCAUGGAUUUGUCAAUGUCUCCCUCUGAUUGGUUUAUUUAUGAGAUUUUGUUAAAAGCACUGACCUCAAUCACUCAGUUUUGUUUCUACCCAUUAAAGAUUGUUUUCGGCUCUUGAAA